AUGUCGUCGGACAAGCCGUCAAUGGAGCCCGAGCAAAAAUGCUCUCCAGCAGAGCUGUUGCUCAAGGUUAUCCUUGCUGGUACACUUAGUCAUUAUGAGACUCGAGGCAUGAUUGACGACAAACAGCUAGAACAAAUGUUGGCUGCGGGGAAAAAGAUUGUCUCAAAAACGCGAAAUGAAAUGGACACUCGACAGAGCUUAGCAGUUUCGCCAGACGUCUGGCAAGGCCUUACCGAUGUCCUUACCAAAGCUAUUCCACAUCUCGAAUCGCAAUCCUUCGCUUGGAAAAGCCCACCGACUUCGACUUACGAGCAGUCAUCUUCGAACCUCAUCGCAUACAAUUACUUCAGCCUGAUCAAAGACAUUGAACGAUUACGAGACCUAUGCACCAUAGCUCGGAAUCUCCUCGCAACGACCAAUAGAGCGCAAAACCUAGCAGCAGAGAAAGGAUUCGACCAGCGGAUACUGGCGUUGAUAGAUACCUGCGUUAGGGUUACUGCGCGAGGCUUCGAUGGAGAAUCGAAUGCGAGAAACGAAGAACGGUGGCAAAAGGUGGUCAAUCUAUACAAAAGCCUAUUGAUUAUAUGCCUACAAUUCCUGAACAAUUUCAUCAUGCAAAACGAACAACGCAAGCUUGUGCUCUGGUUGGAUCUUUUCGGAUAUCACUCGAAUGGCGAUUAUAAGGUUAUCAUGCCGGGGGAACCAUUGGAUCCAGCCAGCCCUCCGCCACAGGGUGUUGCACCGGUCGUGCGAACUGGCGAGCGACUUAUAGGAUCUUUGAGAGGCGAACAGACUGCGGAAGAUCUGCUCAUUGAGGCUCUUUCCAGGUUUCCUCUAGAACCUGCAAAUAUGAAGCAAGAGGCUUCCAUGCUGCUACUUGCGCAAGUUAAAGAUCAUAUGGAGAAACUGAUGGGCCGGACCCUGAAAGAGAUUCAAGAAAUGGGCAAAGAUCCAGAACAGGCCAAAGAGAUAAGGACCGUUCUGACCGAAAUUCUGGGUAACAAGGCGGACGAAAUGAAGAAUUUGCAGGGCCAAUCACAAGAUGCUACUGAGCCGGAUGAGGAAACAAGACGCCAACAUAUAUUGUGUAUCGACAGAAGUGCCACGACAGGGUACCCGCGAGUAUGUUGGGCAGAUUUCCCUGAUUUUGAAAGAUUCAAGGCGAUUACAGCAGAUGGUCCUUUAAGUGAGGAAGAGACUAGUAUACCUCGGUCCUACCAAUCGGGUGCCGAUGCGUUGCAAAUAGCAAAGGAGGAACUGAUGGCACGAGCACAGGAGGCUUCCCAGGUUUUAGGGGAGGACGAUGAACAUUACGAUCAUGAUGAUGGUUAUGCUGAUGAUGAUGGUCAUAGUCUCGAUGAUGGUGCUGAAGGCAGUCUUGAUGAGGAAGAAGAGGAUGAGGACGAUGAUGAUGAUUAUCGUGGAAGACCCGGUGAUCAACAGCGAGGACUGUUGACAGAUAUUCCUCUCGUUCUGGGGCCUGCAGAGAUAGAAGCUCUUCCGAUGAUUAUCAAGGCUGGAAUCAUAGAUGCUGCGGCGACGAAGAGUGUGGAACGCGAAGUAAUCAACAACAUGCAAGCAAUUCGCUGUCACAUAUUGUUGACGCAGGAUACGGGUCGCAAUCUGCUUCGAGAGUUACUUAUAUUCAUCGCCGCCUGGGACUUGCCCGAUGACGAAGUGUAUUUCCAAUUCAUGGUUCAGAUCAUGGAGGCCAUCCUCAAGAACGGCUUGAUGUCACAUGCAUACGCAGACUUUGGCCAGCAAAAAGAUAUCAUUUCCCCAGCACAGGCUGUGGUGAUCAAGAUCUUGACCCACAUCUUCCGCAAUAAAUACUCUCCAGCCUCUUCGAACGAUGGCCAAUCUGCCGAAACCAAACAACCGCCACCACUUUCACGAGUGGAUGUGCUUACUGUACGGUACAUCUUUUCCAUAUUCCGUGGCACCAUUAUACCAGAGACAUGUGGUCUCAUUUACCUGCAAGGUCAAAUCCGUGCAGGUCGAGCACUGCCCGAAGACUUCCCUCUCAACCUGUGGGAUAUGGAGCGGGUUUAUGAGGGAGUAUACCAGUUCCUUGAGUUCUUCGCGGUAUUGACGGAGAACAAUGACUGGAAGAAUUUGAUUGUCAAAUGGGAGAUUGUCUACGAUCUCGUCACAUUGAUCAAAGAACUGGAUGCAAAUAUUCCCAAGGGGCCCCUCAGUGCUAUGGUCACGACCAAUCCAACCGGUUCGACAACCGUCUCGACCAACAACCAGACUGACUCUGUCACCGGCAACCAGCAGCAACCUGCUCCACCGGUUGCCGUUGAGCGGCCUUACGACCCAACAGACGUUGAUCCGGUAGACGAAAAUAUCGACGAAACCGGCUCUCGAGCCGAAUCACCACCCAUCACCGAAGAUCCAUGUGAAUUUGAAUGGCGUAACCUCAAGAAACUCAUUGUCUUAGUCCUAUCAUCUCUCGUAUGGCGAUGCCCCGAAGUCCAGAACCAGAUCCGCAAACAUGGCGGUGUCGAAGCUAUCCUAUCUUGCACCAGCUUUGAUGCGCAUAACCCAUACAUGAAGGAACAUGCUGUGAUGUGUCUGAAGUUCUUGCUGGAAAAUAACAAGGAGAACCAGAAGAUCGUCGAGGAACUCGAGGCAAGAGAAGUUGUCCGGGAUGAUAGUGGAGUGUUGGCUAAGACGGGCCAUGAGGCGAUUGUUGAUAGUGUGGGAAAGUUGACGAUUCAGAAAGCAGUGCCUUCUUCCUCGACGACCUCAGAUGUGGUUGAAGAGGUUUUGGAUGAGUAA